UUCAGACCUUUAGAGAGGGGCAUUGAUGUGACUGCCCAGUGUGCUGGUAACCGCCCUCGGCGCCUUUGUAAUGGCCAUACACUUGGAGAAAUCGAGCGCAAGCUUACUUGGCUCGCCGUCCCCCAGCCUCUUUCUUUCAUACUUUCUGUCGUGCCAUUCGCCUUCAUAGUGCCCCCUCCGACGUUGCCGUUUUGUUCAAGCGCCUUGGCUGACACGACAGUUGUUUGGUCGAGUCAAUGGCAACCGGCAAACACCAUCCCCAAACCCCUCAGCAAAAUUAUGAGGGGUCCUUGGCGUAUCAGGAUGAUGAGCGGAGCCACGAAGGCGACAACAGAACAUUUGCUAUGCGGCGUAGGACUUCUCAAGAGUCGUUUGGACCAGUUCGACAUCCUCCAACCGCUGGUCGUCCAAACAAUCUGCAUAUUCUCCUCGGACAGGGCCUAGGCUGGCGCAAACCAAAGAGUGCUCAAAUAACGACAGCACUCGGUCAGUUGGGUGCAGGCGAAACAGAAACCGAAGCAGACGAGCCCCCGAAGCACCUUCCUACUUCCCGAAUUUUGCCACGAUCAGAACCUCUUAUACCACCAAGUACCAUGACAACUCUGCUCUUCGAAAUUUCCAGACUUUUAUCCGUAGUACCCGCUCUCAUAGGCGCGUCCGUCAAUGCAUGGUGUCUCUGGAGUCCACCAGGAUACCCUCAUACUCUAGACGGCGGGUGCAGUCGCAACACUGAAAUUUGGGGGAGACAAACACUUCCGGAUAGGGGAGACUACUUCCUAGCGGUUUUGUGGGCACUUCUUACAGCACAUCAGUGUCUGAAAUUGACAACAGGUCUUCUGCACCGUUGGCGUGCAUAUUACCACCCGUUAUCCACCCUUAUCCGUCUUCUUGCUCUCCAGGCGAUCUGCUGGCCAGCCACUCAUUUCACCCUCAACAUCCUGGGGACUUGGGGUAUGAAUGUUGCGUUAGAUAAUGAUGCUCUUAGCGUACCUGAUGUGGCCGUCCUUCGUUGGACCACUAUCCGGCCUGACGUCUGUUGGGCAGUCAUAGGGACUACAACCUGUGUCUCGCGGAGCAUCCAAAUAUGGGUAACCAGCAAUUUACUGCCGCAAUCUCCUAAUUCAUUUUCGGGAGCUGGAGCUAUACCAGGACGGCACAGCGGACGUCGAUGGGACUGGGGAGUUGUAGCAAGGGUGUGUAUGUUUCCUGCAGGUCUCUUGUAUGUUUUGAUGGCGUGGAUCGGUGCGUGGAGGAGGGAGGUUAGUAUAUGCUCGUGAACUCUGGUUCUACUUCAUUCGUUGAGUGAUGUCCUCUGUUUCGUUGUAUCACGAAUCCAAAUCCAAUCAUCUCUUUAAAUCUUUACGCUGUGUUCUGUAAGAGGAUUCGGAUGGACGUUGAUUGGUGCGGUUGCGUC